CAUAGUCGUUGCUAGCGUAAGCUACUGCUGGUCAUAUAAACGCGCUUCCAAGUACAACUUGCGAACGGAGUGAAUUAAAAAAAAAAAUAUAAAGAAAAGAAAAAAAUUUUUUAAGCCGCAUAUUUGUUGAACGUCGUGUUGUUGCUUUUGCUUCUUAUUGUGUCGAAAAGAAGUGAAAUUAUACGGGCAUUAAUUUUCUUUGCUUUACUUUGUAUGUUUAUGGAAAAUAUUUAAAGUCUGAGCGAUGCGGUGCUUUUAUGUGCGGAGCUAAUUUGAAUUUCAAUUACGUUUACGUUUACGUUUAUUUUUAUUUUUUUUUUUUUUUGUUUUUGCAAUAAGCUCUUGUGUGUGCGGUCACAAUAAUACAUUGGAUAAUUUUGCUAAUAGAGGUCAAUAGAAGAAGAAGAAUAAUAAGAAGUAAAAGAAGCGAACGAAAUUCCAGCAAAACGUGAAGCGUAAAGUUAAAGAAAAUUAGUGUUUGAUGACAAUAGUGAAAAGUCCUAAAAUGAAUGGCCAACAACACAAGCUCUGUACGAAACUAUCGAGUGCUUAUCUAAGAAAAUGGUGGUUCACAAUAGCCGUUUCCGUGUUAUUACUUAUACUGGGCAUUUUGGUUGUUUGUUAUUUCUUCACAUUAAUCAAUGCGGUGGUUGACUAUCAAGUGGCUUUACGACCAGGUGGUCAGACAUAUGGCUGGUGGGCAAAGCCCCCGGUAGAACCGAAAAUAUCGGUUUACGUUUAUAACGUAACGAAUGCCAAUGAAUUUUUAAGCAACGGCUCUAAGCCAAUUGUAAACGAAGUCGGUCCUUAUGUCUACACAGAGUCAUGGGAAAAGGUGAACAUAGUCAAGAAUGAGAAUGGCACGCUGAGCUAUAAUGUAAGAAAAAUCUAUGUCUUCCGUGAAGAAUUAUCGGCUGGUUCCGAUGAUGAUGUAGUCAUAGUACCUAAUAUACCAAUGCUGAGUGCUACCUCGCAGAGUAAACAUGCGGCCAGAUUUCUUCGCUUAGCCAUGGCUAGCAUUAUGGAUAUUUUAAAAAUCAAACCAUUCGUUCAGGUUUCAGUGGGGCAAUUGCUAUGGGGCUAUGAGGAUCCGCUAUUGAAACUCGCCAAAGACGUUGUGCCAAAAGAACAAAAACUACCCUACGAAGAGUUUGGUUUGAUGUAUGGCAAAAAUGGUACUUCCCCGGAUCGCGUCACGAUAUUUUCGGGCGUAGAGGAUGUAACGAAAUUUGGCAUUAUCGAUAAAUAUAAUGGCAAAUCUCAUUUGCCUCACUGGUUAUCCGAGGAAUGUAAUACGUUGAAUGGUACUGAUGGCUCGAUCUUCCCACCGCAUAUCGAUGAACAACGCAUUUUAUAUAUAUACGAUAAGGAUUUAUGUCGCUUGAUGCCUUUGCACUUUGAAAAGGAAGUCGAAACGAAAGGUGGCGUUAAAGGUUUCCGCUUUUCACCGCCCACUAAUGUGUUCGCUGAUGUCGAAAGAAAUCCCGGUAAUAUGUGCUUUUGUCCUGCCGGGCAACCAAGUUGUGCCCCCAAUGGCCUAUUUAAUGUAUCCCUUUGUCAAUACGACUCGCCGGUAAUGUUGAGUUUCCCACAUUUCUAUUUAGCCGAUGAUAGUUUACGUACUGCUAUUGAGGGUAUUUCGCCGCCCGAAAAAGAAAAACAUCAAUUGUUUAUUGAUGUACAGCCGGUUAUGGGCACCACGUUAAGGGCCAGAGCCCGCGUUCAAAUUAAUUUGGCUGUUAGUCAAGUAUUCGAUAUUAAACAAGUUGCCAACUUUCCCGAUAUUAUUUUCCCUAUAUUAUGGUUUGAAGAAGGCAUCGAUUAUUUGCCCGAUGAGAUUACAGAUCUCAUGAAUUUCGCUACCACCGUGCCGCCUAAGAUACGUGUAAUAUUGACGAUUAUCUUUUUCGCCAUCGGUGCCUUAUUGCUCUUAAUAUCUGUCUUUUGCUUGAUACGUAACUCUCACCGACAAAGUACUUUACACCUGGAAGGUAAUAAUUAUUUGGCUACGGCUCAAAUCGAUAUGCAGAAAAAGAUGGCCAAGGAAAGAUAUUAAUAGUUUAGUAUUAAAGGAGAUCAAAAAUUAGAAUCGCGUUCAUAACAAGCAGCGAGCGAUUAGUUUUAUAAGUUAAGUUUUGUUACAAAAGUGAACUUGUUUUUUUUUUUUUUUUUUUUUUUUUUUUUUGUUUAAUGUAAUGUAAAUGAGUUUUUAUUUUUAUAUAUAUAUAUAUAUAUGUAUACUUUUGUACUACUUACAUGGAUACCAUUUAUGUGGAUGUGGAUCAAAAAGAAGAACAAAUUUUUAUUUUAUUUUUUUUAUUUUCAUAGUGUAAUAAUUUUAUCAAGUGGGUGUUUUAUAUGUAUAUGUAAACUCUAGUUUUAUAGGUUUUUUAAUUCCUUCCCAGUUUAUAUUCCCAGUCCCUGUGUUCUCUAUAUCUUUAUACUCUCUUCAUGUGUAUGCGUUACACUUUUACUGAUUUGUAUUAUUAUUAUCGUUAUUAUUAUUACUAUUUUUUCAAAUAUUUUUGAUUUGACAUCUAUUGCUUUUCUGUGUACUUAAGAAUCGAUAAUCAAGAAUAAAAACAUACAAUAAAUAUUCAACAGUUCACUGUGAUCAUAAACGAACAAUAUACAUGAGUAUAUAUGCGUGUGUAUAAGUAACGGGUGUACCGAAAAGUUCUGUCCGUUUUAUGCAAAAAACCAAAUUCUAGUUUCCGGUUAUGGUCCGAAAUGAUUUCUUUGAACGAUCUUCGAAUUUAGAUUGUCUAAGAAGGAUUUUCCUCUAACGUGAUCUUGACAGUAUCGAUCAAAGGUAGUCGCCCAAGGCGUUCAUCAGAAUGGUCAAAAUUAAGUAUAUGAAAUUUCUCGAACGAUCUUCUGCAUGUUCUAUAUCAGAAAGGGUACCACUUCACCAAAUUCUUUCAAUAAAUUUCUGCAUGCUUCUGUGGCAUUUUGCUUUCGUACAAAAUACAAUGGCGUGAAUGCCACUAGCUAGCCAUGAAUACACAAUCCUGUCUCACUUAAUACUAAUAUCAAUAAUCCGCAGGUAGACAUUCGGUGAUAAAAAGCAAGACCCAAAUAUGCCUCACAUGAAUACUUAUUGAACCGGAAUGGACAGAAUUUUCCAAUGGACUUAAUGUGUAUACGUAUAUGUGCACGCAUACCGUUUUUCCAUUCGUAUGAAAUUUUAUUAC